CAGAUUCGAUUUCUCCUGCUGUUCAGCCGACAAGGGAAGUUGCGACUGCAGAAAUGGUAUGUCACACUGCCUGAGAAGGAGAAGCGCAAGAUAACACGGGAACUGAUGCACAUCAUUCUUACCCGAAAUCCCAAGACAAGUAGCUUUGUAGAUUGGAAGGAUCUUAAACUUGUGUACAAGAGGUAUGCCAGCCUGUACUUCUGCUGUGCCAUAGAGGAUCAUGACAAUGAGUUGCUGACACUGGAGACUGUCCAUCGACUUGUAGAGCUGCUUGAUAAAUACUUUGGCAAUGUCUGUGAGCUGGACAUAAUAUUUAAUUUUGAGAAAGCAUAUUUUAUUUUGGAUGAGUUUCUGAUGGGUGGAGAAAUUCAGGAGACCUCCAAAGAGCUGGUGGUGAGAGCAAUUGAGGAUUCUGACAUGUUACAAGAGACAAUGGAAGAAUACAUGAACAAACCAACUUUUUAA